CUCGGCUGCGCGGAAGCGGCGCGGGCGCCAUGCGGGUGCCGCGGCCGUGCGGGGUGUGCGGGGCGGGCGGCGCGGCCCAGUACCGGUGUCCGCGCUGCGCCGCGGCCUACUGCUCGGUGCCGUGCUGCAGGACACACAGGGAGCGAUGCACUCCGGAGCCGAAGCGGGAGCAGGAGCGGCCGGCGGCAGCACAGGCCCUCCCUGGCGGGCAGCAGGCAGACGGCCCCUGGUCGGUGGAGGACAUCCUGACAGAAGAUGACGAGCAGGACCGCGUCCCACUGCAGAAACUGGAGCUUUUAGGGGAAUCAGAAGAACUGAGAGCCUUGCUUCUGAAUCCACAUCUCAGGCAGCUGCUGCUGACAGUCGAUCAAGCAGAAGAUAAAAGCUCCCUGAUGAAAAAGUACAUGCAGGAGCCCUUAUUUGUUGAGUUUGCAGACUGCUGCUUGAGAAUUGUUGAACCUCCAGAGAAGGAGAACAUUCUUCCUGAGUGAGCUACUUUGGAAACAUUGUUAUUUCCUUGAGGUGUUUUUCACUCUGACAGCUAAAGUUCAACAUUCUAUGCCUUUCCUUAAGGCUUGGUCACACUUUGCUCAUGGUCAGUGCUCUACUUCACAAUGUAGAGGUGAUAAGCAGUGGGCAUGUUUCUAGAUACUAGGAAUUAAACUUGGUGUUCUGUGGGUACAGAAGUACUGUCAGUCCUAGGAAAUGUUGCUUCUCUGUGACAAUAUUAAAUGCAUUUCUUUUAAUCUAAAAA